UGACGACCGCACGAAGCUCGACGCCGUCAACAAGCGCGGACACUCCCCAUUGUGACACCAAACUCCAGGUGCUCCGCUAAGGCCAUCUGCGGGACAAUCAGCGGAUCGACGUUGAGCUCAAGACAUGCUCGACCACGAGCCUCGGGUGCUCGUCGAUACGGGUGUGCUGUCACCCUAGGCCCUAGCGAUGGAUCCAGGACGCGCGAGAUGACGUGAACAGGACCAGGCCAAGGAGCCGCGCGUCGAGCAGGAGGUGAGGAACGAUCCCCACCCAGCCUUACAUUUUCAACUCUCCUUCCCUCGUGCUCGCCAACGCAAGCGUUCAAGGUGUGCAAGCUGUCCUGGGACUUUUCUGUCAGGGGUGCGGCCUGUUAGCCCACCACACGAUCUACCCCCUCUGACGACUCGACCACCAGCACAGUCCCAACAUGAACCUGGUGUCGCCCACUAUAACGCACGACACCCACCGCUCGAGGUCCUCGCACCACAAUGACGGGGACUGGCACGCCGAGUCGUGGACAUCCGCCAAGGCGCCGAUGACGAGCUCGCAGUUCCACGCCGAGGACAAGUCGUUCGCGGCAAUCAUGGAGGACCCGCGCGACCGCAUCGUCAACUGGAAGGGCCACCCGCUCCUAGCUCUGGCCGCUGCAGAUAUACGACCUACUCUCCGUGCGCCAAUACUCGCUCGUGCGCGAGUUCUACAUGUACGUGAUCAAGGACGCGAUUAUGUGCUUUAUCGAGGAGAAGAAGAAGUCGAUUGGCCAGUUCUUGCAGCCUGCCCCGCUGGCGGAGGACGGGGCAGGCACACACCUGCAGUGCCUUGCUGGCCACAUGAUAUUGUCGAAGCCGCCACAAGGUUCAAGAGUACGGCUCGCAUUCGCAAUUUUGACUUUGCUUUCCAUAGUGCAUUAGCUGGAGCGAUAGUAUAGUUCCUAUAACUAGUACUAUAUCAUCAGUGUCAUGUUUUUCAUAGUAUUAAAUACUCAAGUCCAUGAACCAUUGCAG